CCUCUUCCCAAUCUCUCUCUCUCUCUCAUAUGGCCUCCAAACUCUUCACCUCCAUCUACCCUUUUCUCUUCCUCUUCCUCUUCUUUUCCUCCUCCUCCACCACCCCCAUUGCUGCUCGGCCCGUCCCCGGUUUUUCAAACGCUUUUCUUGGAACUUCUCGAGAUGGGGUUGUGGUGGAAGAUGAUGUUUUGGAGGAGGAGAGUUGUGAUGAAAUUGGAGAAGAAUAUUGCUUGAUGAGGAAAACUCUUGCUGCUCAUGUUGAUUAUAUCUACACAGAUACCCAGAAGCCAUGAGAUAUAUUAUUUAAUUUUGAUCACUUUUGUCCCAAUUGUACAUUCUCACCAGUUCUUAACAAAUAGAUUUUCAGGGAAAAUUAAAACGAAAAUGGUGACAAAAGAGAAGAGAUUCUUUUGUAGUUCUCUCUUCAUUUUUGGAAAAUUUGAUGUCAUUAAUUUUGUUAAUUAGUGUAACUAAUAAUGAUUAACUUUGAUAUUUUAGUAUCUUAGUCGUUAGUCAAAAGAAACCAGAGAUCUGGAAUGGUUUUUUAGGGUCACCGUAUCCUAAUUUGUGUAUCACUAUGCAAAUUUGUUGUCAUUAUAAUUGCAUCAACCUAUAUGGUAAUUAUAUCUCUAAUUAUUUGUGAUCCAA